AUGGCAACACCUCUCCCCCGGAAGCUCUGGGAGCACCCAGACCCGGAAUCAACACAGAUGGGCCGAUUCCGACGAGAGUUGGAGCGGUCGACUGGCCAGAAAUUCGACUCCUUCCAUGACAUGUUCCUCUACUCAGUCCAAAACCGCACCGCAUUCUGGGACUUCUGUUGGAAAUUCUUCCCCAUCAUCCACGAGGGCAGCUACACCCGCGUCGUGGACGAAUCCGCCCGCAUGGACAGCGUCCCGACCUGGUUCGCGGGCGUGAAACUAAAUUUCGCCGAGAACCUGCUCUUCACGGCUCGCGCGGGAGCCACGACCGGCAAGGAAGACGAGAAGAUCGCCAUCACCGAGGUUCGCGAGGGUGACGCGGAGAAUGCGGUUCACCUCACCUGGGGGCAAUUACGCCAACGGACCGGUGCCCUGGCCCAAGCUAUGAAAGCGAAUGGCGUGAGGAGGGGGGAUCGCGUUGCGGUUUGUUCGGCGAAUAGCAUCGAUACGUUGCUGGUGUUGCUGGCGACGACAGCGCUGGGGGCGAUUUUUUCGUCGAGUUCGACGGAUAUGGGUGUGAAGGGUGUUUUGGAUCGGUUGUUGCAGAUUAAGCCUAGAUGGCUGUUUAUGGAUGAUUUGGCGGUUUAUAAUGGGAAGAAGAUUGAUCUGCGUGGGAAGAUGAAGGAUAUCGCUAAGGGGAUGGAGUCGGUGGUCGAGUUUCAGGGUAUCGUCUCGUUGCCGCGGUUCACCGAGGAGCCAGCUGAUGUCAAUGGGAUCUCUCGAGGAUUGAAAUUGUCGAGUUUCCUGGCGAAAGCAGGUGGUAAGGACCGGUUGGAGUUUGAGCGUGUUGAUUUCCGCGAUCCUUUCCUUGUGGUGUACUCUUCUGGUACCACGGGCCAACCCAAGUGUAUCGUCCAUUCUGUGGGAGGAGUCUUGUUGAAUGGCUUCAAGGAGGGCGGUUUACACACGGAAUUUACCCAGGAGAGUGUUGCUUUGCAGUAUACCACGACGGGAUGGAUCAUGUAUCUGUCUGCUAUUCAGACUCUGGUCUUUGGCUCUCGAGUGGUUCUCUACGAUGGCAGUCCAUUUAUCCCCGACGUGACGGCACUCGUGAAGAUUGCGGCUCAAGAAAGGGUCACCCAUUUGGGUAUUUCUCCACGAUGGCUGCAUGAACUGCAGAGAGCGAACAUCCGACCUCGGGAGAUUUUCGACCUUAGUGCUCUGAAGGUUGUCACUAGCACUGGAAUGGUCCUACGUGAUGCUCUAUUCGAAUGGUUCUACGAUGAAGGUUUCCCCUCUCAGACUCGUCUGAACAAUAUCUCUGGCGGCACUGAUAUCGCUGGCUGCUUUGGUAUUAGCAACCCUCUGACCCCCGUAUAUGUGGGAGGAUGUGCGGGAUGCAGCCUGGGCGUUCCAGUUGAAGUGUACGACUCCACGAUUGAAGGAGGCGAGGGAAUUCGGGGUGUUGCAAUCGAAGAGGGAGUCCCCGGCGAGCUGGUGGCUACUUCAGCCUUCCCCAACAUGCCCACCAUGUUCUGGGGCGAUACCGAUGGCAAGAAGUACUUUAAUGCGUACUUUGCGAGGUUUGAUAACGUCUGGACUCAUGGUGAUUUCGUCGCCAUCCAUCCCAUCACCAAGCAGCUCGUCUUCCACGGUCGCGCUGAUGGUGUCCUCAACCCCUCGGGUGUGCGUUUCGGCUCAGCAGAAAUCUACCGCGUCAUUGAAGGGAAAUUCACGCAGGAGAUUGCCGAUUCGAUCUGCGUGGGUCAGCGUCGACCCUCCGACUCGGACGAGCGAGUUAUGCUCUUCUUGCUGAUGAAGCCUGGUGUCGCCUUUACAACCGACCUGGUGACUCGCGUGAAGAGUGCAAUUCGCACCGAGCUUAGUGCCCGCCACGUGCCGGCCUUUAUCUUUGAGACCCCGGAGAUCCCGACGACGGUCAACCUGAAGAAAGUGGAGCUCCCCGUCAAGCAAAUUGUAUCGGGCAAGCGGAUCCAGCCUUCAGGAACCCUGCUCAAUCCGGGCAGCUUGGAGUUUUAUUACCGAUUUGCCGAGGUGGAGAAGCUGGUUCGCGAGAGCAAGCUCUGA